AUGGAUGAAAAUCAAAUUUCAGAAGAGGAGGCGAUGAAUUCAAAAUUAAUUGAAAACAAUGAACAGGAAACGGAGAUUUGUUUACCAGAGAAAUCCGCUCAAUGUCAAGCAAUGAUUUACGAUGAGUUUGAAUGUGCAGAAAGUGCUGAUGAGCUGAUGAACUGUACACCUUUGAAGGAGUUAGGAUGGAGAUUUCAAAAGCCAUUAGAGGUUGCUUUUUCAUACGGUGUCAUUAAGGAUAUUGAGCUGGAGAUGACCGAAAAAGAAAUACGAAAACCUCAACCUGUACAAGUAGAACAAGAAACAACUAUAUUAAAGAAGGCUCAAAGGCAUCUCAACCCAAAUACACCUUUAUAUAAUAAUAUGCCUGAACCCAUGGCUGUGUCCUCUAUCUCACAAAACGAAGAUGGGGUAAUGUCUUACGCAAACGUUACUCGAUCGGUACCGCGCUUACGUUCUGAAAUUACUUCUAACACUAAAUCAAUACCAUUAACAUCACAAUCGGGUGCUAUGGAGGUUUCGCAAACUUUACAAGAAAAAACUAUAAGUACAAAGAGAAAAAGGAAAAAGAAGCAAAAUCAGAAUGAAGUGUUUGAAAACGAUAUAUCUACAGAAUCAGAAGAAGUAAUUAAUAAUAAUGAUGAUGAUAUGGAAAGUGAGCUAAAAUCAAGAAAAGAGAAAAAAGAGAGAAGAGAGAAACUUAAAUCAACUUUUAAUUUUAGGCAGUUACUUUCUAAGUUAUAUGCUAUAUUUACAAAUUCACAAGAACAACUUAAGAACAAAAUGAUUCAAGUAAUGUCAUUUAUUAUUGAAUGUGAAACUUUGUUAAGGAAGAAGUUCUUGGCCCAUGUUUAUGAAGAUAAAAUGAAACUUAUCUACGAUGAAGAACAAAACAAUAAGAUAUGGACAUCUUUAGACGAAAUCACCGAUUUUCUUGAACAAAAUGUUGUAAAUUUUUUUAGUAAAACCAUUGAAUAA